AAGAGAAUGAGAGAGAGUGAGAGAGAGAGAGGAACAGCUAAAGCACAGCAGUGUUAUGUUUGGUCUGACCAGCAGCACAACUUCACAAACUUCAAUGCAGAGUCUUCCCAACUUUUUUGUUCUCUCAACCUCGCUAUCUUUCACCAAGUGAACUAACCCUCGGCUCUGAGUCUUGAGAUGGGCCAGACCAGCAGUAGUCAAGGUGUGCCUAGCAAUGAGGUGAGAAUUGGUCACUCUCUGAGUGAAGCGGAGAGGCAGCAUUUGGCCAGAAGGAGAGAGACCGUUCUACAGUGUCUGAAGCAGCAUGGUAUAUCCUGCACUGAGGAUGAGGUGCCGAACAUCGCAGUGCUGGGCUCUGGUGGUGCUUUGAGAGCUAUGGUUGGACUGCUGGGGUCACUGAGUCAGCUGAAAGAAGAGGGACUGCUGGACUGCAUCAUGUACCUGAGUGGAGUUUCAGGAUCUACCUGGUGCAUGGCAUCAUUAUAUAAAGAACCAGACUGGUCCACCAAACUGGACACUGUGAAAAAUAACAUUGUCCAAAGGCUUGCUGAUGGCAGCGUCAGUUUGAAGGAAAUGGGUGAAAAGCUGGCGAAAUACUAUUCAGAAAAAGACAACUUCAGCCUGACAGAUGUGUGGUCGGUACUGAUUGUGUCUAACAUGGUGAAUGAGAUCGAUGAACACAAACUCACAGAGCAGAGGGGUAAAUACACCAAAGACCCGUAUCCUGUUUACACUGUGAUUGACAAACAGUGUAAAUAUGACCGACUGAAUGCAGAUCCUUGGUUUGAGAUCACUCCAGAUGAGUCAGGUUAUUCUCUUACUGGAGCCUUUGUGGAUUCCUCCUGUUUGGGAAGUCAGUUUGAGAAUGGAAACAAAAUUAAGAAGCAGCCUGAGAUUGACAUGCUGUACUUACAAGCUGCACUUUCCAAUAAUAUUAACUCUCGCUGUUCAAAAGUCAAAGAAGCUGGCAAAGAUGAGGGACUAGGAGAAACAGCUACAACGGGAAGUGCACAAGAAAGGAAAGCAUCACAAACGCCAGAUGUGCCUAAAGCUCCUGAGGCGCUCUUAACACUUGUGGAGCUGAACCUUCGUGCACUGAAAAAGGAGGAUCUUACAAAUCACCUCAAAGCCAUGGAUGAACACCUGAAAGAUAAAUUUAAAGAAACAGAGAAGAUGACUUUUAAUCAAGAGGGGGUGGAGAAAUCAGCAAAGAUGAUCUCCAAAACGGAGUUAAAAGAUUUCACGCUGCGAGCAUGCAGUUCUAUCACUGACAUGUUUAAGGAACAGGAAGAAGACGAAAGUUGGAUUGCCAUUUUGAGAUCUAUGGAAAAACUUGUGCACUGGACCUGGGGAACGAAUCACAACUAUCUCUACAAAAUGGAAGUGGAAGGUGUUGACUCCAGUGUCUCUAUGUCAAAGACGAGAGAAUAUGAAGAUUCUGGAGCGUUACUUAACUCACCCUACUUCUCAGUACUGAGAAAAGAACGAGACAUCGAUCUCAUCAUUUCCCUUGACUUCAGUGAAGGAGAUCCUUUUAAGACGGUGGUUCAUGCUGCUGAAAAGUGCAAAGACCUUCAGAUUCCUUUCCCUGAUGUUGUUCUACCUGCUGAAAAUACAGAACCACAGGACUUCUAUGUGUUCAAGGGUUCCAGCGAUGCUCCAACUGUGAUUCACAUCCCUCUUUUCAAUGCUGUUAACUGCAAAGGAGAAAUUAAGAAGUGGGAGAAAAGAUAUUCCACUUUUCAAAUGAACUACAGUCGUGAAAUGAUCACAGAUCUUCUGGAGAAAGCUGGAUUAAACAUCAAAAACAACAAGGAGAAACUGCUCAAGGAGAUUGAAAAUGUCAUUGGACAAAAGAAAACUUCCAAGCUUGGAAAAAUCUGA